AUGGAAAAAAAUUAUAAUAAAUAUUUAAUAUCAAUAUGUAUACUGAGUUUUGUCUAUGCGAGUGCCCAAGACUUGCCGAGGAAAAUUCCGAAAGGACUAAUAUUUGGAGCGGCCACCUCAUCCUACCAGGUCGAAGGUGCUUGGGAUGCUGAUGGUAAAACGCAAAGCAUUCUGGAUUAUCUGUAUCAAAACUCUCUAGAACAAAUCACAGACGGUUCCAAUGGCAACGUGGCGACGAACUCCUACUACUUAUACGAGAGGGACGUGGAAAUGAUGCGGGAGCUCGGCCUCGAUUUCUAUAGAUUCUCGCUCUCCUGGCCGAGACUCCUGCCGUACAACUACUCGGAGAGAAUCAACCCGGCGGGCGUGAACUACUACAAUAAUCUCAUGGACGAGAUGCUGAAGUACGGCAUAGAGCCGGUGGUGACGCUGUACCACUGGGACCUGCCGCUCGAGCUGGCGCAGCAGGGCGGCUGGACCAACCCGCAGAUAGUCGACUGGUUCUCUGACUUUGCGCGUACCGCCUUCGAGUUGUUCGGUGACCGAGUCAAAUACUGGAUCACCUUAAACGAGCCCCAAGUUUUCUGCUACUACCGGCACCCUGGUGAUGAUAUAUACAAGUGUAUGAAGAACAGCCUUCUGGCGCACGCGAAGGCCUAUCAUAUUUACGAUGAAGAAUUUCGCCCGACUCACAAUGGAGCGAUUUUCAUCUCGUUGAGUACUGAAUUUUAUGAGCCAGUAAAUUCUCAGGAUGCCGAGGCGGCAGAAGACGCUACAAAUUAUCAUUGGGGCGUAUUUACUAAUCCGAUAUUUUCAAAAGACGGAGAUUUUCCUGCAUCUAUGAAAGAGAAGCUAGCGGCUAAAAGUGCCAAACAGGGUUUGUCGUCAUCGAAGCUUCCCGACAUGAGUCCCGAAGAGAUUGACUUUAUCAAAGGCACCUCAGACUUUUUCGGAAUUAAUCACUACACUACAAAAUACGUUUAUAGAAAUGAAUCGGAAAAUGAUUACGAGGUUCCAUCCUUCUAUGACGAUUUGGGAGUACAAAUGUAUCAACCGGAUUCUUGUCAAAUUGGAUACUCGUACUUAGUAUGCUCGGUACCAUGGGGUUUCUACAAACUGCUGACAAAAAUUCGCGAAGAAUUUGAUAAUCCACCUAUAUUUAUCACCGAGAACGGGUUUUCAACGCACGGCGGGCUGGACGAUCAGGAUCGGAUCGAGUAUUACAAGACUUACCUUUGUGCCAUGCUGGACGCCAUCGACGAGGGCUCCGACGUCCGCGCCUACACCGCCUGGAGCCUGAUGGACAACUUUGAAUGGGCACGUGGAUACAUAGAUCGGUUUGGGCUGUACGAAGUGGACUAUGAAAGCGAAGAGCUCACCCGCACCCCGCGCGCCUCUGCCUUCAUGUACCAAAACGUGUUGCGUACGCGUAGUAUUAUCUGUGGUACGUAAAACACAUUGUGCUAAACAUUACCAUAUUAAAAAUGUAAUUUUCGGUUCUUCCAAAAAGGUACUCUGUCAAGGAUUAAAAGUUUACGCAUAGA